UUGGCGAACAAAAAAAAGAAAUGAAAUAAUAAAACCCUAAUUUCUGAUGAGAAGAAUCUAGAGCUACGGGAUCUCCGAUCAUCUUCAAAUCCUCCGAUUUUGGUUGAAUCAACUAAUGGCGGAGGAGGCGACGGCGGUGGAUAUGAACGGCGACGACCGGAGCGAGACCAGCGACUACACCUCGGAGGACGAGGGGACCGAUGACUACCGGCGCGGCGGAUACCACGCCGUGCGCGUCGGCGACACCUUCAAACACGGAAGAUACGUUAUCCAGAGCAAGCUUGGCUGGGGGCACUUCUCCACCGUCUGGCUAGCUUGGGACACUCAGAAAUCAGUAUAUACAUGUAGCUUUGAAAGUACAAAGAGUGCGCAACACUAUACAGAAGCAGCAAUGGACGAGAUCACUAUUCUAAAGCAAAUUGCCGAAGGAGAUCCGGACGAUAAGAAAUGUGUGGUGAAGCUUUUGGAUCACUUCAAGCAUUCAGGGUCAAAUGGGCAACAUGUUUGCAUGGUCUUUGAGUACUUAGGUGACAAUCUUUUGACCUUGAUUAAGUAUUCAGACUACAGAGGGGUGCCUCUUCACAUGGUUAAAGAAAUAUGCUUACACAUUUUAGCGGGAUUGGAUUAUUUGCACCGGCAACUGUCGAUAAUACACACAGAUCUGAAGCCAGAGAACAUAUUACUUCUUUCAACGAUAGAUCCAGCUAAAGAUCCUAGAAAAUCAGGUGCAGAACUUAUACUCCCCUCCAAUAAAAGCAAGAUUGUGUCAGAGCCGGAGGCAUCUAAAGAUGCUAAGGUUUCUCGUGGUGAUCUGACUAAGAACCAGAAAAAGAAGAUCCGGAAAAAGGCUAAGCGAACUGCUCAGAAGUGUGCUGGGAAGGAAGAAACUGAGCCAGAUAAUGAGGCAAGUGGACCUGAAGAAUCUCAGAGGGAUGAUAAUGCCAAUGGAAGGUCCAUUGAAAAACGAAGCAAUAAAUCAGUUACCGAAGCAACUAGUGGUGGGGAAAAUGGUGCAUGCCAAGGAACAAAGGGCAACAAGAGAGGCAGCCGGUCAGCAAGGCAGAAGCUCUUGGCUGAGGUUGAACUGAAAUGCAAAUUGGUGGAUUUUGGAAACGCCUGCUGGACUUACAAGCAAUUCACCAGUGACAUUCAAACUAGGCAGUAUAGGUGCCCUGAGGUCAUUUUAGGAUCCAAGUACUCUACGUCUGCUGAUAUGUGGUCAUUUGCCUGCAUUUGCUUUGAGCUCGUCACUGGAGAUGUUCUUUUUGAUCCACAUAGCGGUGACAACUACGACCGCGAUGAGGAUCAUUUGGCGCUGAUGAUGGAGCUUCUUGGGAUGAUGCCACGCAAGAUUGCAUUGGGUGGGCGAUAUUCACGAGACUUCUUCAACAGAUUUGGAGAUCUGAGGCAUAUCAGAAGAUUACGGUUCUGGCCUCUCACUAAGGUUCUCAGAGAAAAAUACGAGCUCAACGAGAAGGAUGCAACUGAGACGGCUGAUUUCCUUACUCAGAUACUAGAUUUUGUGCCCGAGAAAAGGCUGACAGCAGCUCAGUGUCUUACUCAUCCAUGGAUCAGUGGAAGGCACAUCACCCCUUCUAAUAAACUCGAGGAGGUGGAGAAUGGUGGCCCCGAGAACAGGACUGAGAAGGAUGCGACAGAGACAAUGGAAGUCCGAGUGGGGAACAUCGUUAUCGACACUAAAUCAAAAGAUUCCAAAUCUGUGGUAAGCUCUGUAGCACCAUAUUAAAUUUUGAUCAGGCAAGCUCUUUGAUUUCUACGGGGACUCCUUUCCGGCGCUUCCUCGAUAUCCCGUAUGAACGGCCAUUUUCUCGUUCGUCUGGAUUAUGUCGAGGAUGAUGAUCAGUUACCAAUUCUUUCAAUUGUCGAAUGCAAAAGGGAGAAUUAAGGGUGGAAAGACAAAUCCUAACUUGCGUUUGACAUAUUACCACACUGAACAGAUGUCUGUAAAAUGUUCGAAUUCUUAUGGUUGGUGGAAUUUGUCACUUUAUUGAUCUAGGCUUGGUUUUUUUUUUGGGAACUUAAUUUGUACUAGUACUAUAAUUGUGUUCCUUUUUGAGUUUGUCGGAAUAGUUGGAUGUUGGAAGGAAAUUAUACUACUAUUUUCGAGUA